UAAUGAAUGUUAUAACAAUUGAAGACUAUAAGAGCACAUAUUGGCCAAAGUUGGAUAGUGCCAUAGAUCAGCUUUUAACUCAGAGUCCUGGUGACUACAUCCCUAUCUCCUAUGAACAAAUAUACAGUUGUGUGUAUAAGUGUGUAUGCCAGCAGCAUUCGGAACAGAUGUAUAGUGACCUAAUAAAAAAGAUAACUAACCACUUAGAGAGAGUCUCAAAGGAGCUGCAGGCCAGCCCUCCAGAUCUCUAUAUUGAAAGAUUUAACGUAGCUCUUGGACAGUAUAUGGGAGCAUUGCAGAGCAUUGUGCCUCUUUUCAUAUAUAUGAAUAAAUUUUACAUAGAAACCAAGCUUAACAGAGACUUAAAAGAUGACCUUAUAAAGCUGUUUACGGAACAUGUUGCAGAAAAGCACAUUUACAACCUAAUGCCUUUACUUUUGGAAGCUCAGUCAACGCCGUUUCAAAUAACUCCUUCAACGAUGGCAAAUAUUGUGAAAGGCCUGUAUACACUACGACCAGAAUGGGUACAGAUGGCACCAGCUUUAUUUUCUAAAUUCAUCCCAAAUAUUCUACCCCCUGCUGUGGAAUCUGAGCUUCAGGAAUAUGCUGCUCAAGACCAGAAACUUCAAAGAGAGCUUAUGCAGAAUGGAUUUACUAGAGGUGACCAGUCACGCAAGAGAGCUGGAGAAGAGUUAACUUACAAUGGCUCAUCAGCUUGUGCAAGCUCCAGGGGGUACAGAUAGUGAAUAUACUGGAUCAGCUUCUAUUCCUAGCCAGAACAGACACUGGAGGAGCACAGGUGGUAUCCGGAGCCUCCUUUGGCAACUGCUGAUACUCAAGCUCUGACACGAAUUAUGCCUCAAAGAAGAGUUUUGGACUUUCUUCUUUAUAUAAUAAAAUGUCAGUUGCUGCUACAAUUGGAAUGACUUUGAAAGACAUGAUUCCUUGGUCUGGUCUCUCAACAAGUUCAUGUUCUGCGAUUUUUGUGAGGAAUGCACCUUGAAAAACAAUCCUUUCAAAGUGGAAAUGGGCAGCCGAAAUCAGCAGCUUCCAAAAGCGUUAGAAUGGAAGAAUCUUUUUUGCACUCUUUUCUUAAUAUUAAGGACAUUCUUAAAACUAGUUAACACGUCAGUGUAUUAGUUUUUAAACUUCAAGGUAUUUUCUGGAGCUUUUACUUAAUAAGAAUAAAGUUUCAUUAUUUUGCA